UUUUCUCUCUUUGCUGCUCCCUUUACGAACGAAUAAGUAUUUCUAAUACUGGUUUCCUUUGCAUAAAGCUUUCACUUGAGUUUAAAGGCGUGUGGGUGUGUCGCAUUAACCUAGUGAUUUAAAAAAUAAAUAUGACUGCAAUUUGAAUUACAAACAACAUGGCUGUCUGGACACGGGCUGAUAAGAAUGGACUUUUGGAACUUUUGCUCCGGGACCGCUGGAUUCGGGUAUUGGCAGAACUCACCCGGGAAACACUCACCCUCACAGCUGGUGCUGAACCAGGGCAUGGGGUUGCUAUCGAAUAUAAUAUUAGCCAUUCGCCAGGGGCGUGGAAUGGGGUGACAAACGGUACCGAACCAGGGACGGCAGCAGGCAACUCGAACCGAUCAUUCAACAAGCAUUUGAAUCACAGUGCGCUCAGGCGAACUGGGAGCCCUGGCAGUGGUGGGACAAACCGAGAUCAAACUGAUACCAGCUCCGGGGUCGACAGCCCUGGUUCGGGUCGGGUACCCCAUGAUAACGGGACGGUUUCUGACUUCGGUAGCCCUGGUUCCAGUUAUGGUAAUCCCGGCUGUAGUUUUAGUAGCGCAGGACCAGUGAGGUCUGGGGAAACUAAUAUUGCUUUAGAAAGUGGUGGUUCUGAGAUGGUUAGAAAAGUUCGAGUACUUAAACAGGAGUCUGGUGGGCUUGGUAUCAGUAUCAAAGGGGGGCAGGAGAACCGUAUGCCUAUCCUGAUUUCCAAGAUUUUCCCGGGACUCGCCGCGGACCACAGUCGGGCUCUUCGGGUCGGGGAUGCCAUUCUGUCUGUCAACGGCAUUGACCUCCGUGAAGCAACUCACGAUCAGGCAGUCCAGGCACUGAAAAAGGCCGGUAAAGAGGUUACACUCGAAGUUAAAUAUAUUAAAGAAGUCAGCCCUCUGUUUAAGAAGCCCUCCUUGGUGGCGGACCUGCCCUGGGACGGUGUGCGCCCCCAGUCCCCCAGCCUGAGCGGCAGCGAGGACUCAGGGUCCCCAAAACACACGGGCACCAAGGACAAGAAGGUGAUCUCCUUGAAGAUGUGUUACAUCAGCCGCAACCUCACCAUACCAGACCUUGAGAGCAGGCUGAUCGAGCUGCACUCUCCUGACGGCAGGAACACGGUGGUCCUGAGGUGUAAAGACUCAGCCGCAGCACACUCCUGGUUCACAGCGAUCCACACCAACAUCGCAGCACUGCUCCCACACGUCCUGGCUGAGCUCAACUCCAUGCUGGGCUCCAGCAACGCCAGCAGCAACCGGGAGGUCCGGCAUGUCGGAUGGCUCGCUGAACAGAUAAAGCUGGAUGGAGGCCGUCACCAGUACAAGCCUGUUAUCAUGGCCCUGACGGAGAAGGAUAUACUGCUGUACGACAGCAUGCCCUGGACAAGAGAGGCCUGGGCAUCGCCAACCCUGAGUCACCCGCUACUCGCUACACGACUGGUUCACUCAGGCUCUGCACGAAGCUCGCCAGCACUUGGUUCAGAGCUCGCUUUUGCCACCAGGACGGGCACCAGGCAUGGCAUCGAGGGGCACCUCUUCCGCGCAGAGACCCACUGGGAUCUGUCCACCUGGACUAGAAUGAUGGUCCAGGGCUGCCACAGCGCCGCAGAGCUCAUCAAAGAGGUCUCAAUGGCUUGCACACUGAAUGAACAGGAUGUCCGGUUGACAGUUCAUUAUGAGAACGGAUUCACAAUCGCAAAGGAAGGGGCUGGACCUGGCAAAGGCAGCACCGUUCUCUACCGCUACCCCUUUGAAAAGUUAAAGAUGUCAGGAGACGAUGGGAUCAGAAAUCUUUACCUGGACUUUGGGGGCCCUGAAGGAGAAAUGGCUCUGGAUCUUCAAUCUGGUCCAAAACCAGUUGUCUUUGUUGUACAUUCUUUUCUUUCUGCCAAAGUGACACGGAUGGGACUGCUAGCAUGAGGGGUCACGGUAUAAGCUGAUGGGAGUUUAAAUAUUUUUUUCUAAAACAGAAAAAAGCACAAUAGUUCUGCUUUGGCAGAAGAUAGAAUUGAAAUCUGGAGCUUCUCCACCAAUGCAUGGAAGACUGAAAGAUCUGCAACCAUCCACUGCAGAGAGUCCUUUCCCUGCUCACAUGUGUCCUUUACUGUGGGGAUCUUUCACCGCCCUGCGGGGACACACUGUUCUCCUCCCCAAAUAAAUCCCUUCCAGAGUCAGGAAGCCUGAAACUAAAGGGACUUGCUACACUUUGAAGAAUUGCUACUAUGGUAACUCA